AUGUUGGGACACCUGGAUAGAGACUGUCAGAAAAUGGCUAGGGACAUAGCAAAUGGUGAGAUUAAAGAAGGGAAAUAUGGUACAUGGUUGAAAGCAGCUGAAAUCAGAAACAGUAAUGUAUCUGGGCAAAGCAGCAGAUCCACUUAUCAAGGCCCUGAGAUUCCAUCAGACUUCAAUCAAACUCUUAACUCUCCUGUCCCCACAGGGACUAAUGUAGAACAACACUCUGAGCAGCAAAUUGUUGAAACCCCACCUCAAGAAGAUAUGGACUACACCAAAACAGGGGAAAUAGUGACCCAUUAA